AUGGGUCGUACUCCAAAAAAGAAACUGCUAGAAAAGAAAUGUUCAUCACCAGAUCCAAGACGUCUCAGAUCUUGGAGAAACAAUUCCGCCAGUACCAGUAAUCCGGGUAGCCCAAAAUCGCGAAAUGAUAGUGAAGAUUUGAUAAAUAAAACUGCAAAAAUAGAUGCAAAAUAUGUGGAUAAAUUAUCACUGUUUGAUAGACCUGCAACUAGAUUUCAGAGUAAAACUAAACCAACCCAAGAAUUUUCUCCACGUGUGAAUACAAAAACAAAUUAUGUUCCAGAAAAGCAAAAUACCUCGUUGAAAAAAACAUUGAAAUCUAUAACAGAUUCUACACCUUCCACAUCACGGUUAAAUCCUGAUCAUAGACGAAAUCAAGAAUUUUUCAUUCGUCGGAAAAGGCUAAGAAGUGAUGUAGACAAAGAUGGUCUGCUGGAAGGAUUACCCAUCAUGUUACGCUACCCAAAACGAAGUGAAAAUUGUGAUACCACAAUUCUGAAUGUAGACCUUAAUCGUAAAAACAUUAACGAAGGUUUAGGUCGGAAUCAAACAAAAUAUGUUUCAGAAACAAUUUCGAAAGUGGGUUCUCGUUACCGAACACGCCGAUGUUCUCUACAUUCCGACGACUCACAAGGUUUCUGUACUCAAACUCAGCCUUUUGCAAUUGAACAUUCGAACAACGACGAAAAUAUUGAGACAUUUGAGGUCACUGUUUCAGAUAAAACAAACAAAAGCAAAAGCAACGUGUCACAAAAUAUUUCCGAGGCUCGUGAAAAAAUAAAAGGCAAGAGAAAAUCUGCUUCUAUCCAGAAGAAUCUUCAAAUGAAAAGUCUUUUUAAGGAGUUGUUUGGUUCUGAUAGCAUAAGUGACACUUCAUCCAGUGCUAAUGAAUCAACAUCGCCAAAGGAAGAUAGCAAAGGAUUGACAGACGAAAACAGUCUUUUGGACAAAAAUUUAGACAAUUUGCCCGCAAAAGAUUCAAAUAAAGUUCAACUGGAAAAUAUGUCAAAGACAGAAAUGACAACAAACCAUUAUGAUGUAUCAUCGUCGCCUCCUCCACUUUAUCAAGAAUGCACCACAUCAAGUUCGUGUACAUCCUGUUUAAAUAACUGCAACUGCAAAAUAAUCGAGACUUCAAAAUCGGAAGAUUCCGUUAACAGUAGUAGACAGACAUUAAAAACGGGCAAUUGUUCAUCCAUAACAGCCGAGAGUGGAUCACAUACAAGUAUAGCCAUUGCACCAUCCAUAUCCUUAGAUCCUGUUAUAUCUCAGCAAGAUGCUGAUGACACAUCUUCGGUGAGUGCCAUCUUUUCUACAGGGGAUGAAACCUCAUUAUCUUCAAGUCGAGGAGGAUUGAUGAGAAUAUUCAAUCCUUGCAUAUCUGAAAGUAGAUUAUAUGGUGAAUAUUCUGCUCUAAGUUGUAUUCCUGGGUCGGAGUAUUCUCUCCAUCAAUCUGUAUCAAUUCACGUUUCUUCAUCAACCACUGACAACGACAUAUCACCUGCAUCCAGUGUUUAUCCUGUUAACAGUGCCGAUACAACACAAAUGACAUCUCCCCAGAAAACGUUUGGUGGUAAAUGUUCAACACAUAGUUGUCUCUCCGAAUCCGUUUACCCACCGAAGAAGGUUUCAACCCUUAGUAUACAAUCAGAUGAGAGUAAAUGUGAUCCAAUAAUACUAGAUAAUAAGUGUGUAAAUCGGACAACUUUGACCCCUAAUACUGAUGGUUGCAGCAUUGGUGGCGAGUGUUCAACACAGAGUCUGAUGCCGGAAUCAGUUUAUUCCCCGAGAAACGAAUCUGUCUCGAGUUUACUGUCGUCAAUCGACGGUGAAGAAUUCCAUUGUCUAGAAAACCCGUCUAAUGUAUGUUUACGAUCAUCAGAUCAAUAUGCUAUCUUGGAUCUUGACACAUGUGAUACCCGUGUUGACAUAACUUUAACUUCGAUUGCUGAUGGUAAAAUUCUGGAUGGUGUGUGCUCAAGGCAAAACUUUCUAUCAGAAACAAUUUGUUCUCGUAGAAACGAGUCUAUUAUAACUCAACAAUCUACAUAUUAUGACGAUCGGGUCUGUGAACAAACAACCUUUGCUGCCGAUGGCAAAGACAAUGCUAUUGAGGUUAAAAAACAUGAUAGUCUGUCUGAAUCUGUCUCAUCAUCGACUCUGACUAAUAUAAGUUUACAGUCUUCAGAUAACAAUUCUAAUUAUGAUGAUGAUAAUAUCAACGUGGAUCAAACAACUUUAAUACCGAUUGCUGAUGGCAGAAGCCGUAAUGGUGAGUUUUCUGAACCGGGUCGCCUGCUUAAAUCCGAUUCUGCUGCAUGGAAAACACAUAUUUUAGGUUCGGGGUCAUCAGUAAACAGUAAAGACGAUAAUUCCGUCAAUGAUUAUCCUACUAAUAGUGCUGGUAUAACACAAUAUAAUAGUUUUAAUUUUGAAAUAACAGAAAAGCGUUGUUCAGAUAUCAGUCAAGUCAUUUCAAGGUUGACUAGUUCUUCCUCGGACACUAGUUCAUCCGGCCAAAGUGAAGUAAAUUAUCUUGGGAAAAAAGCUCGAAUAGAACUGUUUCCUGAAAAAAUGGAUUCUCUCCCUUCAAUAGAAGAUAUUGAAAACGACAGUGAUGGAAGCAACAGACUAAUUAUAGAUUUGAAUGAAAUAUUUGGUGAUUCUGUUCAUAAAAACCAGUCUAUCCAAUCUGUGGGGAUGACCAACCUAACUCUAACACAAGUGGAGUUGUCAGAAAGCACAAGCCUUGAGGAAUGUUUACUUGAAUCCGAGUCAUUUCCUGAUCAUCAAGAGAAUACUAUGGUAAAUGAAGAAGGGAUUAAAGAAGAAUUCUUUGUGACAAGUGGUAAAGAAAUUGCUACUGGUGACCUUAAUGUACUGAAUACAGUCUAUCCAGAAUUCCCAAGUGACGCUAAAUCUAAAAGCAGUAUAAACACCAUUUCUCUUUCCGGGAUUAAAAUGGAACAAGAAGAACUUAAAAAUACCAAAGAGCUUCGUUCUGGUUCUAGACCUCGCAGAAAGAAAAUUCACGUAAUUGAUACGAGCAAAAGAAAAGGAUGUUGCUCCUCUUCUAGUAAUGAUUUUAAGGAAACUAACAAAACUAAGGCCAAAACAAACAGUAAAUCAGAAAGUAAAUGCUCCCAUGAAAAAUCAAAGAAAUCAAAAUCAAAUAAACCAGACAACAGUAAACCCAGUGUUAAAAAGCAAUCUACCCCAAAGAAGAAAGAACAGUGUAAAAUCAAAUCGAAAGUUAAACCAGAAACGCCAUCAAAAUGUAAAUCUAAUAAAACGAAAACAGUCAGUGAAAAGGAAAAAGAUGAAAGUACAUCGCGAUCAGAUACAUCCAAGAGAAAACAGCCUUUUCUGGAUGAACAACCAGACAAAGCAUCAACGAAUCUUGAAAUAAGGAAAAAAUCUUCUAAAAAGAAAGUCAAGAAGGAAUCGGCAACCUAUUCAGUACCUGUGUCAGAUGAUAAUAACAUGAAACAAAGUUUAUUAAAAAAAACGAAUCUAACAUCGCCAUCUGAGUAA